AUGACUGAAGUCCUUCUGUCCGCUGUUCUGAAUGCGACUGAAACUCACUCGCUGGUCAGCAAUGUCACCAGCAAUGUCACUGGCAAGUGUUCGCUGACCAAAACUGGCUUUCAGUUCUAUUACCUGCCUGCCGUCUACAUUGUAGUCUUCAUCACUGGAUUCCUGGGCAACAGUGUUGCCAUAUGGAUGUUUGUCUUCCACAUGAGGCCUUGGAGCGGCAUCUCGGUUUACAUGUUCAACUUGGCACUGGCUGACUUCUUGUAUGUUCUGACUCUCCCUGCACUGAUCUUCUAUUAUUUCAACCAGACCGACUGGAUCUUUGGAGACUUCAUGUGCAAACUGCAGAGGUUCAUCUUCCACGUCAAUCUGUAUGGAAGUAUCUUAUUCCUCACUUGCAUCAGCGUGCACAGAUAUACGGGUGUGGUGUACCCCUUAAAGUCACUAGGGAGGCUGAAAAAAAAGAAUGCAGUUUACAUCAGUGCCCUGGUCUGGGUCAUUGUAGUCAUUGGAAUUUCCCCUAUCUUCUUUUAUUCUGGGACUGAGGUAAGGAAAGUGAAAACCAUGGCUUGCUAUGACACGACAGUAGAUAAUUAUCUGCGAAGCUACUUCAUUUACAGCAUGUGUACCACCAUCUUCUUGUUCUGCAUUCCGUUCAUCCUGAUUCUCGGUUGCUACGGAUUAAUUGUGAAAGCACUGAUUUACAAAGAUUUAGACAAUUCCCCCCUUAGGAGAAAAUCCAUUUAUCUGGUUAUUAUAGUGUUGGCAGUAUUUGCUGUGUCUUAUCUUCCUUUUCACGUGAUGAAAAACUUGAACCUACGAGCCAGGCUAGAUUUUCAGACUCCAGAAAUGUGUGCCUUUAACAACAGGGUUUAUGCCACUUACCAAGUAACUCGGGGGCUGGCGAGUCUCAACAGCUGUGUGGAUCCUAUUCUAUAUUUUUUGGCAGGAGAUACAUUUCGAAGAAGGCUCUCAAGAGCAACAAGAAAAGCCUCGAGACGAAGCGAGCUCAACGUGCAAUCCAAAAGUGAGGAUAUGACGCUCAGUAUUUUAUCAGAGUGCAAACAGAAUGGAGACACAAGCUUGUGAAUGGCUUUUGUUGUUGUUAUUGUUGUUGCAGGAAAACACUUCUCUCCCCCAGCCUUUUACCCACUUCAUUUUUAACUCUUAUAAGGCUCAUUUCAUGCAUUUUCAAGAAAACUCAACAAGUGGACAAUUUACAUUUGUGUGGUUUCUUUUUUUAAGCUUGAUCUGUGAGCCUAGGAAGAACUUGAGGAAAGUAAGUGUACCAUUUAAAUAAUUUAAAUUGAAAACAACAUGGGAAGUUCAAGAAAGGUUAAGUUACCUGAUAGGCUUGGUAGUACAUCAAAUGAAAGCAAAGCAACCCUUAGAGAAAAGGGGUUUGUGAGCCAGUGACCCAUAUAUCAAAACAAACCUUUGACUUAGAGCAUGAGGAAUGUCUGUGGAAAGUAAAAUUUUUGUUUCAAGUGCUAGUCCAUUCUCUGCAUUUCACCUCUCAUUCUGCAUUGCUGUUGUGGGGAGUCUCUGGGGCAGCUCCACUUGUAGAUAUUGCAGUCCACCCUGAAUUUGCAGCUUUUCUUGCAAAUAUUGUUGUAGUCCACACCACCACCAAGAAAAAGCACCCAACCCUUUUACUUACAGAGGUUUGCUUACAAAUUUAUGGUCAUUUUCUUUUUGGCUGAUCGGUUAGAAGUAACCCUGCUGCAAGCUUAGUACUUAUUUUAUUGAAGUUGAGUUUUGUUUAAUAAUUAAAUAACCUGAGGCAUAUCAGACAAGUUGAGUUUGUUCCUUGCUGUUGACUUUGUUUAGUCCUUUCUUUUUCCCAGUGUACUUGUAAGCUCCCACAUAACAGUACCUCUGGAUAUAGAUUUGUGUUUCUACACUCUUUCUCAAACACUUUUGAAAGCACUUAUUGAGACAAAGGCCCUGAGGUUAUAAUGGUCUGUUGGCAUUUAUCUGGGAUUCCAGAAGUUAGCCUGCCAGCAAUGAUGCAGGCAAUGCUAUUUUCCCUCUUAAAUCUGGGUUUAUGUAGAGAAGGGAAGGGUUAAUUUAGGGAGUUGUGCUGCCAGCCCCCAGCUGGCUGCACUCCCUCCUCACUGCUGACCCCAAAAUUGCCCUGUACUGCUGAAAUUGCUGUCACCAGCCCAAAAUUGUUGUAGUGUUGCAAAUGUGCAGGUCUCAUUUACAAGCAGAAUUGCCUCUCCAGGAGGUUCCCAGGAGCAAGACUAGCUGUCCCUAAACACUUUGUUUUCCUGCAAAAUCUCUUUUGCCUCCACUUCUGUGACAAAUUCAGCAGGAGAGGUGAAGCAAGAACAGCCAUGGGGGCCAUAGGAUGCCUGCGACCCCCAUCCAAUUUAGGUGGGCAUGUAGUGUUUACAGAAAAACCACUAGGGACAGUGCUUUUCAAGGUGUGAGAAUAUCAUGAUGUGCAGCCGUUCCCAUGCACAGGAUCAACUGUUCAGCAAGUGUUGGGAAGUAUGGGAAAUUGGUAUCCAAUGCUACAUGUGCUGGUGAAUGCAGCAGCUUGCAUGUCACAGGCUCAUGUAGACUUUUCAUGUGGUUUCCCUGUGGCCGCCACACACUGGAAUGUUAUUUGACUAGACCCUCUAUAAGGGAUAUCAUUAUGUACAUAUUGGAUGCCAUUACUGAAAACAUGACUCCCUAAAUAAUAAUACACAUAUGUCUGAUGUGAUGGCAAGGGAUGAAGUUGUUAAAUUAGCACUGUGUUCUUCCCAGGUACAUUUUGCCUGAAUUAAAAAAAAUCUAACCAUAGUAGCACAGCUGGUGAAAUAUUUAAACAUAUCUAAUUAGGCAUACCUGUAUUUUGGCAUUGUAAACAUGUGCAUUGGAUUUAUAUUUAGCCUUAUUUUUUUCAACAUAGAGCACUUUGCAUGACAAUAGCUGCUUUUCAGCAAAUUGUUACUUCUUCAAUGAGUAUUUUCCCUGUCUGGUCUGUCUGUCUGUCUUGCUUUCUUUUUUCAGAAGAGGAAAAUAUUCUUCCAUUUAUUUUCAUUGUGGGGAAAGUCAUGCCUUCUCCAAACAUGUAAAAGAUUCUCAUCAGAUAAGAAAGUUCUUCUUGAAAGAUAUUCUUUCUGCUUUCUUCCUAGGUAGGGCAUUCAACAGGGGGAGAGGCCAUGCUCUAUUUGGAGGAAGAAGAUUUAGAGCGAGGAGGUUGUUUCGUGUGGGUCAGCUGCCACAGAAUCUAGGACCUUACUUAGUCCAGAGCCUGGCAAGCUGUGCAGAGCAGUUCCUCUGCUUCACACUUUCCUAGCCAAAGGCAUGGAAGGUAGCAAUCCGGGAUGUCGGGGAUGUCACACACUGGGCAGAACCAGCAAGCACAGUCCUUCUUACUCCAGGAAUUGUGUGCAGAUGCCAAACCCAGCUAGGGUUCCCCAGCUUUCCACAGGUGGGCCUGAUGUUUGAUUUUAUGUUGAAGGUUUCAGUACCAGCCCAUGGAAUUUCAGUUCUUCAAGUCAUGUCCUUCUCUGAAUCCUGCCAAAAUGCAAGGCACGUGGGACAGAGAAUAGGGAACGGGACAGGGACAGGACCUGCAUUCCUCGGCAGGGCAUUUGGUCUCUUCUUUGUUUGCUAUUUAGGCAGGCUUUGGGCCUGUUAUGGUGAUCUGUCCUUGCUGCUGGUUUUUAGUGUUUCUAAAUUGGUUGCUUUUUAACUUGUUUUGGUUAUUUUUAAACUGUUCGCAUUUUUAUUAAUGUUUCGGGUAUAGUCUUUCUUUUUCAGUAAUGUGGAUUUGACUGUGUAAUUGUACCUUGUCAUUGGUACACAACAAGGCACUUGAUAUGAAAAGGUGCAGUGAACAUUCAGAUAAUCUAUACCAUAGCUAGAGUGUAUGUAUGUAAAGUCCAGCGGACUCCACCUGCAUAAAUGGCUUCUCACAUUUUGAAUGCACAGUGGAUUUUAUACAUGGAUAUCCUAUUCAAAAUUAUAUUCAAAAAAGUGCUGAAAUGUCGAAGUGUUACAGGUGUGUUGGAUGGGCAGAAAGAUGGAAGGACCAGAAUAUCAUUCAAAGUGGGCUAAGAGCCAGGGUGAACCAGGAAUGGCAACUCUUGUCAGAUGCUUUGGCCCACAACUAUCAUUACUUCCAGCCAGCAUAGCCAUUGGUGAGGGAUGAUGGGAGCUGUAGGCCAAAACAUCUGGAGGGUACCUAGUCACUUAUGCCUAAGCAGAUGUCAAUCAAUGUAGGAGCAGCUGUAAAUCUGCAGAAGGUUUAGAAUACCAAGAGUUUGGAUAGAAAAGAAAAUGUCGCUUUCCAUGAACCAAAAUAUCUCUGAAAAAUGUUCUGCUUUAGAAAACAUUGGUUUGAAUGAACAGAAACUCUUUGCGUACAAAAUGAAGAAGAUAUGUAAUCCUAUAAAUGGCUCAACAAAUCCCCACAAAAGCCCAUGCAUUAUAGGAGGGAUAAAAAUGAACCAUUUACAUCUUGCCUAUUAAUUUCCAAAGGCUGACUAGAUGUGGAGAGAGAAUAGUUCUGAAUGUAUCCUGGCAGAGUUACAAAUCAGCUUAAAUGCAUAAAUGAAAAAUCCACUGAACCUGCAAAAUCUAUAUAUUUAAUCUAUUAACGGGAAGAGGCAAUGCUGAGCAAAUUGUGUUGUGCUAUACAGUGAGAAUGCUUCCUGGUGCUAUGCUCAACUCUGAAUUGGGCAUUAUUGAGCUAAGCUCCUUCCCCAACCUGGUUCUUUCCAGAUAUGUUGGGCAGCAGUGUCCUGGCCCCUACCCCCAAGCCAGCAAGAGAAAGCUUCCACUGUGGUAAAUUCCUUCCAAAUUCACAUGUACCAUAAACAGUCUAGUCUAAACACUGAAAAAUCCUUUAACUCAUAGCUAUUAAGGCCAAUGCUCAGAUGUUGAUAUGCAUGCAGAACAAAGUGUCCCUUAGCCAGUCCUUUGAAGAAAAGGUAAAAAGCCAAGAAAAGUUAGCGCAUGACAUCGCCUUUCAUAAUGAAGCUGUUGUGAGCACAUUUAUGCUGGGCACCAUGAGAGUACCGGAGAAUCCUUCUCUGUAUCAGUGAGAACCAUUCACUUGAUACUUCUCUUAAGCCAAAUUGAACUGAGAUAUACUUUGCUGAACACAGCAAACGAAUGGAAGGCAUAGUGUUGGAAUGGUUUUUUUUUGUUGUUUUGUUGUUGAGGGGCGGUCUUUUUGGUUUUAUUUUUUCCUCCAGAAUGACUUUCCUUUCCUACAUACUUAUGUUCAGCUAACUUAUACAUAUGCUCAUAUCCUGGUUUGCUUUCUUGUUCUUUACAAUUAAUUGACAGGUGUUAGGGUGUAAAAUUUUCUAAGUACAUUGUAGUGUGCUAACCCACCUCCCACAAAUCCAACAAAAUCUUGAGUGCUUGUGCAGUACUUUUGUUCUGAAUCACAAGCAUUCUUUAUGCCCACAUUUGAGCUGCAAUUCAGCAGAGCUGGUUUUCAUGUGGUAGUGGGAUUCAUGGAUCUUGUUUUAGCUUUCAUGCUCCAUGAGCUACAAGAAUAGGGUGGAUCCCUGUAAGAUCCCUGAAUCCAGAUCCAUCAAUCCAUCAAAAGCAUCAGUCACCUGCUUGAGGUGAUGGGAUUGAAUUUUGUCUUCCUCUAUGCCCAAAGUCUUCAAAUGUGUGUGUUCUUUGAGUCAUGUGUGAACUUGCAAAAUUUCUUAAAUGCACAUUCUUUAACUACUGACAAUGCCAUAUGUCCAGGUACAUCUAAGGGAAUCUUCAGCCUAAUAGGCCACUUUGUAAUCUCCGUGUUGGAGCCACUGUUUUUAAAAUCAACCGAAGAGGUUCUGUUAUAGGUCACUCUGUAGAUCAAUUAUCAUAUGGAAUUACAGACAACUUAAAUAUUACCCUUUGAUAAGAUAGGGUUAAAACUUGAUAUUUCACUCUUUUAGGGUGAACUAAAAUGCACGUUUUAAAGACAAUGCACAUGCAGGGAGGGAGUUUUUACCUUCUUUUAAAAAAGAAAGCCUCUCCUCUGAGGCAGAUUAGAAGUCGGAACAGAAGUUCCACUGUUGGAUGGAAUGAAACACCAUCUGAUGGAAUGCAAGUACAAAAAACCAGAAAAGCAAAGAAAGCCAAAUCCUUGCUCUUCACAAUAAAUGAAAUAUAGAUUUAACAGUUUUCCAAAUCCUCAGCUUCUACUAAGAGAUCUGUAGAGUGGGUCAGAGUUAAGACACUGUAUUCUCCAACUUAAUAUUACCAUGUGUGCAGUUCCAGUUCCAGGGCACUGAGGUGAGUUCUUCCAGUGCCCAAGCAACCACGGUCCUGAGUUAUCUUUUGAAUAUGCAUCCUUAAUUCUUGAAUUCUAUUCAAAAUAGAAAGUGCUUCCCAGUUCUCAGAUCUUUUCUUCUCACAACAGUCUUUCAAGAUAGGUUGUGUUGACAGGCAGUAGUUUUCUGAAGGCCAGAAGGUGAAAUAAACCACUGAACUUUGCAGAGAUGCAGCACUGGUUGUUUUACUGUUAGUUUGGACGUUAAUUACUGUAAAGCACUCCAAGGGCAACUUCAGUUGGUCAGUGUAUAAAUCAGAUGAGUAAACAAUAAGUGAGUCUUUAGCAUCCCAGUCCAAAAUAAUUCUCCUGGGGUAAUCAAGUAUGGACAGAUCUCUGCAUUUCACAUGCUCUUCCCUUGCUUCUCUCCCCUGCCAUCUUUUCAUCCUUCUAAUGUUACAAGUUUUAAAGGUUAUGCCCAAGAUAUCUUUACAGUCAGUUGUGUUCUCACAGCAUUUGAAUGAAGUCAUGCAAUAAAAAAUAAAAUAAAACCUCACAGGCUCUCCCUUUCCUGUUUCAGUCCUAUAUAUUAUUUAGGGUUCUAUAUAUAAUAUAUAUUUGAUAUUACACCAGGGUUCUAUAUAUAAUAUAUAUUUUAUAUUACACUAGCAGCCUACCUUGUUGCUUGAUAUCCAAGUCUGAGGCUACUAUCUUAAAGAGGGAUUGAAAAGUUCUGCUAAUAUCAAUGGGGCAUUUGUUUAGAGCUUGUGUUUCCAUUUCUACAUUUGUCGAUUCCAAUUUUUUCCCCUUCAGCAUUAUUUCUCUCUUAAAACUGCUUUGAAAUCUUUUCCCCAGUCCUGCAGUCCCCUGGAUAUGUUUGCAUCCAAAAUUAGUGAUUUGUACAAUUCAUAUUCCACCAUGACAUUUCAACAUGACAUUUUAGAUCAUGGGUCCUCAAACAAUGGCCCGGGGGCCGGAUCCAGCCCGCCAUGCCCAUUUGGACCCGCCGCAUGUGCACCCACUGCCGCC